CGAAGAUGAUCUUGUCACAAGUCACAGUUAAAGUUUCUCAGAACGCUCGCCAAUGCUAAAAAAGGGUAUCGAUCAUUGAUGCUCAAUGUUCUCUUCAGCCUCAUGCCUCUAUACGUCCACAACCUACCCGCGCGCUCGUAUUCGCCCGCUUUGAAAAAUUUGAUCGAACCAUAUGGGAGGAUUAGAUAUAUAGAAGAAAGAAAUGGUUACGCCUACGUUGAAAUGCAUGACGAGCGAAACUGUCGCACCGUUUUAGAUCGUUGCGAUGGAGUGCUAUUCAAAGGAGCGACAAUAAGGGUUCGCUUCACCGAUAGAGACGACGAAAUACUACCACACGACGAUAUCCCUUUGAAUCAUACAUGCCAAGUAUGCACCGGUAUUGGCCAUACUGCGAUUGAAUGUCCCACUAGCAGACAUCGCGCCAUUGCAGCCAGCUUGGCUCUCGCCCACGGCUUAGAACGACCAAGAGGUAAUACAGGUGAUACAAAUACAACCAAUUUUAGUUUACACUCAAGACAUCGAUCAGAUGAAAUGAGAGUGGAGCGCCCCCCUAUACGGCGUCCACUUUCAGGAGAUCUUUUGGAUCACCAUCACCUAGGUAGAGAGUACUCUACUCGCAUUAAUACAAACCGGCAUUCAUUCAACAACCUAUCGGCAUAUGACAGACCCAUUCCAAGGGAAUUUCCCAUGAGUUCGAGGUCUACUACUUAUCUUAACAUGAACAGAGAUCAAAGGGGUAUACCUGAUGGUCCAAGAUACAAGGAUAACAGAAGCAGUGCGCGCUUCAACAAUCAGCAUACCCAAAAUCGCCCAGGACGAAGUUCAUCACUCCAGGAUUACCGGAGGACAUCAAGAGAAAUUCGAACAAGGCAAGUCAAAUGGAAUAAAGACGUCGUGUUCUGCCUCGCAUUAACUUUGCAACGCCUUUGCAGAUCUCGAACCCCGCCGCCGAGAGGACCAGCUAAACGCAAUGGGCCUGUACCACGCCCUUAUGGAGAAGAGGGACACAGUCGUAAUGGAAUGAAGAGAUUUUCUCAAUCGAGAACCGUACAUAAAUCGGAAGAUAUGGCAACGCGACGAUCAAAAAGUCCACCACAUCAUCCACGGAAUUUUCGUGGGCCUCGAACACCGAGCCCUGAUCACAAUUAAUAGGGCAGUCAAUGAGCUCCAAGCAACAUACUCAACUCAUCAAAUCACAAAAGUAGUAGGCAUUCAAUGUCUAAAGUAUUGUUUCCAUAUGAAUAAAUUUAUCUUUUGUCGCCUC